AUGCCCAUGGCGCUGAGAUACGCAGCUCUUAGCCUCGGCCAGGCGGCUCUUGGCCUGGCCUCUUGCUCGGGGACGUCGCGGAUCUCCGGAGAGACCUGGCAGGCUGCGCUGUCGCUGUCGAGAAGUGCGGAGCAGCUGCAGUUCAGUGCCGGCACCUGGUCCGAGUGGAGCAAGGCCUGGCGACCCCUGGCCAUGGAGGUGGUAAGCGACUUUGAUGGGAGUAUGGCAGAUUGCCCGGAGGGCUCGGUGGCGGCUUUAGGGCACGGGCUCCUUGCGGUGGACGAGGUCGAUGGCCAUUUCUCCGUGCUGGAGCUUGGCCCUCAAGGGAUCAUCAAGAUGAUGCAUCACAAGCUCAGUGACCUCCAGCUUCCAGCAUUUCCCCUAGAACCCGCCGAAUGGCAGCAGCACUGGCUGAUGGUGGUUUCCUCCAUGUUGCGGUUCAUGUAUCUCAAGUGGGUGAACAUGCCCCACGACAAUGACUUCGCAGACAUGAACCAGGAAGACGCCUUUAGUCCUGCAGUCCUCCGGCCGCAUCACGACUUCCUGUUCAGGAACUUCGUGGACAAGUUCCUGGCCAGUGGCGUAUAUGACCUGAGCAUCACCGAGAACACCGUUCUCUACUCCGAGGCCUUUGCCUUCCUGGCGUUCUGCCACCUGCAUCAGGUCGAUUUCAUUGCAGAGUCCGGAGUUUACAAGGGUGUUUCCACAGAGAUUUGGAGCCUGUUCGCCAAGGAGGUGGCGGCUGUUGAUAUCUUCUUGACACCAGAGGCUGAAGAGCGACUUCAGCGACGAAGCAAUGUGGAGCUCCACACAGGAGAUGGCCGCACGCUGCUGCCUCAGCUCCUCAGCCGACCCGGCCGCAGGGCGGCAGUCUUCAUUGAUGGGCCCAAAGGGGAGCUUGCCAUCCACCUGGCGCUGAGCUUGAUCAAGUUACCACAGGUCGCCUUUGUGGCCAUGCAUGACAUGGAGCCGUACAAGCGGCGCCUCCGCGAGCUUGGAGCCUUCUUCUUCUCAGACGAGCCCUGGUUCAAGGAGGCAUAUGGACAUCUCGACGAGCCCUUCCGAAGACGUCCGGACCUGCUUGCGGGUGGCACCAUGGCUUUCAUCACAACAGAUGCGAAGAAAUGA